AUGGCGUGGAAAUCAUCCGGGGUGUGGAAUAAGCCCAUCGACAAACCGCAGAAAAAUGAAGAUGACUCAAGCUUCCCGGGACUCAAAUCAAAGCGUCCCGAGGCCGCCCCCAAGUUGGAAUAUGAGGAGCUCCAGCAGAACGAGCUCAUCGCCCUUGAAGCCAUUUAUGGAGAGGAUUUCAUGAGGCAUGCAGAGACGCCGGGUGCAUGGAAGAAAUCUGACCCCUCAUUCGAUGUUCGUAUCAGGGCUUCAUCAGAUGAAGACUUUGCAGUUACUCUGGGCGUGGUGAUGACUGCUACGUAUCCCAGAAGCCCACCGCUACUAACACUGAAGAAAACUGGCAACCUGCGCGAGGUCACCUUGUUCAAGCUUCAGAAGUACCUUGAGACAGAGCCCAAGAUCUUCGCCACAGAGGAGCAGGAGAUGGUGGACCGUAUCGUAGAGGGACUCAGAGACGUUCUCGAAGACGCGGCCCAGGCAAAGGCCAGAGGACUCGAACUGCCUUCGCUGGAAGAGGAGAGAGCGGCUCAUGAGGCUUUUCUGGCCAAGCUAGCCGAGGAACAGAAGCAGGCAGAUGAGCGCAAGAAGGAAGAGGAGAGCAAAGAGGAGGAGAGGGUUCUCGGUGGCCUGUUGCAGGUUGAGUUGAAGCGUCAGAAAGAGAAAGCCAAGGAGACACGAAAAAAGAAUCGCCCCAACGGAGGACUACCAUCUCUCAAUUCAAUGGACGGCCCCAACUGGCCAGAAAGUGGCCGUAUCAUCUUUGAUAGACCUUGCCAAACCACCGACAAGACUGGAAAUGCCAUUUCCUUCCAGGCUGUCUUUGGAAAGUCCGAGAUUGCCAAAGGACCCAUCUCAACCGUCUUCUCCGUCUGGCCUCUCGUUGGCAGCGGACAAGAAUGCCCUAAUUUGGCGCUCAAGGAAACUGUUCUUCGCCCGGCUUCAAAGGACACUUCGGUAUUCAAGAAGCAGAUUCAAUCCCUUGAAGGUCAACUGGAAGCACUCAAACAAGUGCGCCAUCGCAACUUGCUCGAGGUCUUGGACUUCAAGGUAGAACGCGAGAAAAACAACGUCGAGAAAGCAUCGGCAAGCCUUUGGACUGUCAAUGUCCUCACUCCCAGCGCCGAGAAGGGCUCUUUAGCCGAACUACUCGAUUUGGCUGGCCAGUUGGACACCAGCAAGGUGCGUGCCUGGACACGGGAUCUCUUGGAUGCUCUUAACUUCCUGCACAACAAGUCUCUGGUGCAUCAGGACAUUCAUGCGGGAAAUGUGCUCCUCUUCCGGGAACAGACGGGAGAAGUCGUGCCGAAGUUGUCAGACGCAGGCUACCAGAGGGAAUUGCACAACAUCUCAUCCAAGGGACAGGCCCCAGUUGGUUUAAGCUCUGCAAAGUCUGCAUAUUGGCUGCCGCCAGAGACUGCCGCUUUGUCGAAGCAGCACUACACACAAAAGACGGACAUGUGGGAAUUUGGCAUCGUUUUCCUUCAAAUGAUAUUUGGACUUGACGUGCCUCAAAAAUACCAUUCACCCUCUGCAGUCUCCGACUCCAUGUCUCUAUCGCGACCUUUGCAGGAGUUGGUGACUAGAUUCUUCAAACCGGACCCCAAGAAACGACCGCGUGCUUUCGAACUCGGCUCCAGCGAGUUCCUCGCCACCGACGCCCCUGUGAUCGUCGAGGACACCGCCUCGAUUGCGUCAAACUAUCACUCCGUAAAUGCCCUAUCGCCAAUACCCCCGAGAUUAAGACGCGAGUCAACGAAUAGAACUCUCACUUCGUCGAGAUACCGGGAAGACUUUGACGAGGAAGGUCGUCUGGGUAAAGGAGGAUUCGGCGAGGUUGUCAAAGCUCGGAAGAAGCUGGAUGGGCAGAUUUACGCCAUCAAGAAGAUCAGCCAAAGAUCUCAAGCAAGUUUGACGGAAAUUUUGAAAGAAGUCCGUCUGCUAUCACAGCUCAGUCACCCGGCUGUGGUACGCUACUACAACACUUGGGUCGAGGAGAUACCAGAUCAGUCUGACACGGAAGGUGACACCUCCACGGAAGAUUUGAACACGGAAGACUCUCGCGAUACCAUUUCACAGGACCCGGCAAUCCAUUUUGCUACCAGCACCGGCGGCCUGGACUUUAUGUCUUCGAGCGGCUACCCACAAGUAGAGUUUGGCUACGACGACUCAGACGCCGAAGAGGAAUCUGAAGAGGACGAUGAAGAUGAUGAGGAAGACGACGAGGAUGAAACCGACUCAGAUGACGACGACAGUAGUCAGGCUAUCGGAAAUGGUCCACGGAGCAGGGAAAUCCAGAGGAGAAUCAGGCCCCAACGAUCUUUCAGGACUGUCUUGUACAUUUCCAUGGAGUACUGCGAAAAGAGGACGUUACGUGAUCUAAUCACUCGAAAACUCUACCAAAACACGCCGGAAAUAUGGCGUCUUUUCCGUCAGGUCCUCGAGGGACUAGCCCAUAUCCAUGGUCUUAGUAUCGUACAUCGGGACCUAAAGCCUGAAAAUAUCUUUAUUGCUCACAGCAGUGAUGGAACGGACAAUGUCAAGAUCGGAGACUUCGGGUUGGCCACCAGCGGCCAGUUUGCGGUCGAUAGGGCUCUUCCUAAUGCCAUGGAAUCGGACGAUAUCACCAGAAGUAUUGGGACUACGUCCUACGCCGCGCCAGAAGUGCGCUCCGGAUCUAGCGGGAUGUACAGCUCCAAAGUUGACAUGUACUCUUUGGGUAUCAUUUUCUUCGAGAUGUGUUACCCCCCGAUGCUGGGCAUGCAGAGAGCAGAAGUUCUCGAAAAGCUCCGGCGACCUAGUCCUGAGCUUCCUGUGGAUUUCAAGCCCGCCGAAAAGAUACAGACGGAUAUCGUCCUGUCUCUGAUCACCCACAAUCCCAAAGAACGACCAUCGAGUGCAGAGUUGCUGCAAAGUGGAAAACUUCCCGUGCAAAUGGAGAGCGAGACCAUCAGACGAACACUGGCUGGUUUAGCUGACCCCAGCUCGCCUUACUACAGGAAGAUGCUCUCGACACUUUUCUCACGGCCUCUGGAGCAAGCCAAAGAUUUCGCCUGGGAUAUGCAUGAGGCGAGCCCCAGCCAAGCAGACUUGCUCAACCAAAGCAUCGUCAAGGAAACACUGAUUUCCAUCUUUCGCCGACACGGAGCUUUGGAGUGUCAGCGCACCUGCCUCUAUCCACGUUCGUCCCACUAUGCAGAGAACGUCAUGAGACUCCUGGACUCGAACGGCACCGUCCUGCAGCUCCCGUUUGAUCUUACAAUGGGCCACGCAAGAAUGCUUGCCAAAGCCAGCGGGACUCCGGGCGUCCAGCGCACAUACACUUUUGGCAACAUUUUCCGUGAUAAGGGGGAUACUGGGCAACCUUACAUGCUGGGCGAAGUUGACUUUGACAUCGUCACGACUAACACCCUGGACUUGGCUCUGAAGGAGGCUGAGGUCCUCAAAGUACUCGACGAGAUCAUUGCCACGUUUCCGUCACUGUCUACGAGCCAGAUGUGUUUCCAUCUCGGACAUUCCGAUUUGCUACAGUUAAUCUUUGACUAUUGUCGCGUCGAGCAUAGCUCUCGAAGGGCUGUAGCAGAUGUACUCAGCAAGCUCAAUAUUCAUCACUGGUCCUGGCAGAAGAUCAGAGCCCAGUUGCGUUCUCCACUGGUCGGCCUUUCAGCAACCAGUGUAGAUGAGUUACAACGAUUUGACUUCCGAGACACACCCUCCAAGGCCUUCUCCAAGCUCAAGACACUCUUUGAGGGCACUGACAUGUACCAGCGAGCCUCGUCAACUCUGGCACAUCUCAGGGAGGUCUCGGAGUAUGCCAAGAGACUUGGAGUCACAAGCAAGAUAUACGUGACACCGUUGAACAGUCUGAAAGAGAGCUUCUAUACUGGCGGGACUCUAUUCUCCUGCCUCUACGACAAGAAGAUGAAGGAUGUGUUUGCCGCGGGUGGCCGAUAUGACAGCCUCAUCAGGGAAAAUCGUCCCAGAAUUGGCAGCCAUUACGAAGAGCGCCACGCUGUGGGGUUCAACUUAUCGUGGGAGAAGCUUUCGAGGGCCCCAAAAACUAGCGGAAAAGCAUUCCUCAAAAAGACAGAAGAAGAGGGCCACAACAUGUUCAGCAGCACGAAGAGAUGCGAUGCCCUCGUGGCCAGCUUCGACGCCGCCGUCCUGCGCUCUACGGGAAUAGAGAUCCUGCAGACGCUAUGGUCGCACAACAUCAGCGCCGAGCUCGCGAGGGAUGCGCGUUCUCCAGAAGACCUGCUCUCCCGCAACCGCGACGAGGGCUACUCCUGGGUCAUCAUCAUCAAGCAAGACGCCAUCCUCAAGGUCAAGACGAUGGACAAAAAAGACACGCCCGACGUCGACAUACCCAUGGCGCAGCUGCUCUCGUGGCUGCGCGCCGAGAUCCGGGAGCGCGACUCCAAAGAGUCCAAGGCGGCGGUCAAGUCGCGGGCCGGCGGGCAGCAGGCCGAGACCAACGUGACGAUCGAGACGCACCAGGAGCAAGACGUGCGCGUGCUGGUCGCGGGGACGCGGAGCAAGAAGUUCAAUCGCAGGACGGUCGUGGAGCAGGCGCAGGUGAGCGCGGCGAGCCUGGUGCGGUCGUUCCUCGACGGGCCGAUCCUGGCGAUCGAGACGACGGAUCAGGUGAUGGAUCUCAUCCGGGACACGUGCCUUUCGGACGGGGAGAGCUGGCGGCGGGUCGAGCACAGCGUCACAACGGCGGAGAAGAAGUACGUGAGGGAGAUUCACGACAUGUUGCUGAAUUGGAAAUGGGCGUGGGAGAAGAAGAGCGGUAGCCGGCAUGCGUUUUUGUACAAUUUCCGGACUGGGAAUUGUGUCUACUAUGAUUUGGGAGCAUAG